ACGUGUACAUAGAGCGUGAAGUCUCAUCACGUGAUAUGGACAUCUCGCCUCUUAUGUGGUUGUACUUUUUGUUAUAAAAACAAAUUACGACAUUAGUCCACUCCCCAGGAUAUUCUUGUCACUGGUACUGUGAGUUUGCUACUCUAAGCAACAAUCAUGAGGGUCUCCACAAGCAAACUCCAGCAGAUGGCCAUCUACACCACCUUGUUGACUGGUGCUGGAUGCGGCACAAUGUAUUACCUUCUGCAAAAGAACUUCUCACGGUCGGACUACCACCGUCUAGCCCUGGAGCAGCUGAAAGCCAACCAGACAGCCAUGGACAGUCUGGGAGCACCACCCCUGAAGGUCCACAACAUCCACCUGUCUGACCGACACAACCGGGUGGAACCUUACACGGCUGAGAUCAAAAUCCCAGUGACAGGAUCUAAAGAUGGUGGCUACCUCUACACAUCCUCAGUAAGAGACCCCCAAACACUUGGGUGGAAUUUAACGCAGGCAGUGCUGCAGCUUAGAGAGGGUCAGCGUAUUGACCUUCUCACAUUCACACCACCGCCAAAUAAGACAGAAGGACUUGAGACAGGCAACUGGUCCUCCUGAUCUGCUCACCAGUCACCAAAACUACAGUGUGAUGAAGGUAGAACUGAUACAAUUGUCCCCAUGUCAUCAGGCAUGGUGUCGCCAUAGCUUUAUGAAUUGAAGUGUCAUAGUCAUAUUUGAAAAAAGCACCAGAGUGCAGUGCUGGACACUUAUUUAGACAAAAGGGCAUGUACAAGCUGCCUCUUGGUUUGGAAUAACCACAGUAAUGUUGAUGAUUUGACCAAUGUUUAUCGAUGCUACUGUGUACAUAACAUUUACAUACAGGGAAAAUGAAAAAAGUGCUACGUCCAUAAAAUGUCAUGCAUAUUCAUUUUGCUCAGCGCUGUCCUGAGCAAAAUGUUCAUCCUACUGGUGAGAAUGAAAGGACAAUAACAGAGCAGCAAUUGUGUCAUAUGCAGUGGUAAAAAACAACAACAUAUGCCUAGUAUAAUACAAUGCAUCUGAUGAACAUUUCUCCAGAUUAACAAUGUAAAUUGGCAGUGUUGGGGAAGCUACUCUGAAAAGAGUUUACCAGCCACCAAUUACGUUAAGUAAACUAUAUUACUCAAUCUGCAAUGUCAUAGAAUAGAAAUAGCAAGAACAGAUAACUCUGUAAUAAGAUGUUAACAGAACGUGUAAUUUAUCCUAUUAAACACAAAAAAAAUGUUGUUUCAGGUGAGAAUUAGCCAGGUCUGAAAAUUAAGGAAAUUCUUACCUACUUCACCCAUAUUUUAUUUUUGCAAAAAAAAGUAGUGUUUCAUUCCAUUAGUUACCUACACCACUAGAUGGCAAUAAAGCAAUUAACUAUUGAAAACACUACAAAUAUUUUAAUUUAGUUGCACUACCACAAUGUGCAAAAUGUAGUUUAAUUACUAACUGAACCACAUUUAGUUCAGUACACCCCAACACUGAUAAUUGCUUAGUCCAAAGCCAUAUCUUAAUAUCCAGCACUUGAGAAACAUUUAGGCAAUGGUUCCAGUUGUACUGUACAGUAUCUGAACAACCAGAAAUGUUGUCUCCCAAAGAGGUAUUGUUUUAUGUUUUCAGAUUGAUUUAUUCAGAUGUGACAUUUUACAGUGAAAAUGAGAUCUGUAAAACGUGGAAAAUAAACGUGGAAAUAAACAGU